CAAUCAGCGCAUCGGGCAGGGCUCAGGAGUUUCAUCCGCUACGGCUGGCGCUGGAGCUGGAGAGUAGCCACUUUUGUGACGAUAUUCAACACGGUGAGCACGGGUCUGUCUGUGUACCGCAAUAAAACCACCAUCAGUAAUUUUGCUUCGGCAGGAGCCUUCACAGGAGCCCUUUUCAGAAUGCACUUGGGCCUGCAGGGACUGGCAGGUGGCUUCGUGUUUGGAACAGCGUUUGGGAUCCCUGCAGGGGGCCUCGUAAUCAUAAUGCAGAAGCUUGCUGGUGAGACCUUGGCGGAGAAGAGAAAUCGUGACCGUAGGGAGCUGUAUGAACAGAAGCUGGCAGAGUGGCAAUCCAGGCUCAAUGUGACUGAAGUCUUAGGCCAAACGGAAAGCAAUGCCCAGGGAGGACCAGAGACGGAGACAGCACGAGAAUCUAGGAGCUACUGA